AUGGCCCAUUUUGACGCUUAUGGUCGCCCUCUGCGAGGCGACUCAGGGUCGGAAUAUGACUAUGAGACCUACGAGACCUACAAUUUCAAUGAUGCCAACAGGCAUAUGCCUGCCUAUUCAAUCCCCUCGACCUCGAAUAGAUAUCCUACCGAAUCUCGAGAUUUCCCUCACGCUUCCCAAAGCGCAUCAAGUGUACCACCACAUUCACCACAACAGUCAUACCCAUCGAACAAUAAUAAUAUGGGAACAGCAUAUGGCUCCGACCGUGGCUCUGCUGUAGAUCACGAUGCAGUAUCGCCGGAGAUAAUUGCAGCAAUCACGGAAAAGGUUAAAAGAGAACAUAAUCGCAGAGUCUACACUCCUCCUUCACCAACUUCCACUACCAAACCAACCUUUUCCCCUCCACCUACAGAACCUAUGAGAUCUCCUCCUGCAAGUCCUUCCUCGGACAAACCUUCCGUGAGGUUUAAUGACCGUGAUCGGGAUCGUGAUCGUGUUUACAAUGAGCGACCGGCGCAGAAAGUUCACCGCACAUACUCGUCCUUGGAAUUAUCUACAAUUGAUCAUAAAUGGGGUCGAUUGUUCGAUAAUGAUUCUCGGCCCACGGAAAGGUUGGGACAGUUCUUGAGAGGACUUGCGAAUCAUAUUGUCGAUGAUUUUGCGCCCAAAAGGAGCAUUGUGAUUACACCUUCGAAAAUGGCAACAUAUUAUAGCUCGUACCCUGUUAACAAUAAGGAAAUCCAUCCAUAUGUUUCCAUUUUCAAAAAUUUGUCCAACACACAAAUUUCGAAGCUAUACCAAGAUCUUGGAUGUCAACAUCACCUCGUCCAAGAAGAUUUCCAUUCGGCUCCUACGAUACCAGCCUUGACUCCACUUGGAUUUGCACAUUGGAUGACGAUUCAGAUUUCCGCUUACCCUAGCGAAGAAUCCGAGAGAUUAGGAAAAGUUGUCCUAGCUUUACCGAUUAAUGCCGAUGGGCAAAUGGUAGAUGGAAAACCGGAACGUUUACCAAAACAGAUAUCACGACACUUAUUACCUAAUACCGGGGAUCGUGAAUCGGAGAAACUUAUGAGGACUUCAUUAUCUCACUUCUCUGAUGAACUUGGCAUUUCUCAUAGCAGCAGAAGCAAGCCAACAACCUCGAGCGUACCACUUCGUCAGACAUCACCCACUGAUCGAUCGCAAUCCCGUUCUGAUGAUACACCUCAACCCAGGGCCUCCUCAUACACAGGCCCCACUAGCAAGCCUAUAGAACGAGAACGUAUGCCUUAUGCUGGGGCUCCUUCGGCCCCAUCUGAGUCGUCAAGCGUCGAUGAGGGACCAAGUGUACCGAUUGAACGCGAAAGAAAGCCAUAUUCCGCCCAGCCUGGUAGUGGCAAGACUCACACCGAAUCCAGUAAUCCUAAUUUCCCGAAUAGGCCUGGACGGGCGAAUUCUACUAGUCGCGUAAAAGAGCCGCAAGAACGUGAGCGUAGUCGGUCAAGACAUACCCGUAGGCAAAGUAAUGCUAGCCAAGAUAAUUAUAAGCCACCGCCACUAUCAUCUUCGAAACGCAGUCGUAGCCCUCAAUUCAAGAGCUAUAGCCAUUCUACACCUACCAAUAUUGAUAUUGGAUCCAGCACUUAUGUGCCAUCGCCCGCCAAUUUCCCACCCGCCUUCGCACCCUCGUCAUAUGGAUCGAAUAAUUCCUUCCCUCCGCCACCCUCUUCAGAUAUUCGUGAUUCGAGAGAUAGGCGACGAGAUGACCGUUCUCACCGUAGAGCGGAAGAUGAUCGUUUCUCAAGUACUACCCAUAUCAAUGAUUUCUCAAGUCCGAGAGAUGCCGAGAAAUGGGAUAGGUUACACGAAGGACUAGAUUCGAGAAGUAGCGAUUAUGACCGUGAUCGUCCCACUAAGUCUACGGGCUCCGCAUACAGUGAACACACAACUAGGAGCUCGUAUAUGGAACCCACAGUUGGCGCUGAUUAUGAGGAUUGGUAUCGAGGUAGUGGGUUGGAUAAGAGUAUGAGGAAUAGUAUGUAUUACUGA